UAUCCAGGAGGCCUUGGGCCUUCGGGGCCGGGCGCCGAUCAGUGGCCGCUGGUCCUGGUCCGCGGCGGCUGCAGCAGCUCUGUCUCUUCCCGGCGAUGGCUGGGCCCGGUCCCUCGGCAGCCUUGCUGCUGCUGCUGCUGGCGCUGUGUUUGUGUUCCGGGGCGCAGGGCGUGGGCCUGUACUCGGCGGAGGACCCGCUGGCGGUGCUGUCCUGGGAGUCCUUGGCGCCGGCGGUGUUCAACUCGAGCAGCGCCUGGGUGGUGGAGUUCUACGCCUCCUGGUGCGGGCACUGCAUCCGCUUCGCCCCCGCCUGGAAGGAACUGGCCCAGGACCUCCGAGAUUGGCGGCCUGCUGUUAUGUUGGGUGUGCUGGACUGUGCUGAGAGGUCCAAUCAGAAGAUAUGUACAGAAUUUGGAAUCACUGGCUACCCUACUUUGAAGUUUUUCAGAGCAUUCUCGAGGAAACCUGAGGAUGGCAUAAGACUCUACCAUCAUGGGGAUGACAUUCAGAGCCUCAGAGAAUCCAUAAUCACCUCAGUAGAGAGUCAUGAAAAUGUAUGGCCUCCUGCCUGUCCACCUCUGGAGCCAAUCAGUGCAGCAGAACUUCAUGGCUUUUUCCAGACAAACAAUGUGACUUACCUGGCCUUGAUAUUUGAGAAGGAGUAUUCCUUUCUGGGAAGAGAGGUGACUCUAGAUAUGCUCCAGUUUGAAAACAUUGCAGUACGGCGAGUCCUGAAGAGCAAUGAAGAGCUAGUGAGGCGCUUCAACGUUACGACCUUCCCUUCUGGCUUCCUGCUUGUCAAAAAUGGUUCUUGCAGGAGCAUCCCUGUGAAUGGUGACUCGAGACCCCUUUACACAAGCUUUUUGCGGAGUUUACCCAGGGUCUUUCGAGGAAACUCCUUCAGACCCACUAUGGUCCCCAGUGCAGAACCAACGACUGCCCCUGCACCCUGGAGGGUGGCAGACAGAAGAAAAGUGUACAUGGCUGACUUGGAGUCUGCAGUGCUUUACACCCUAAGGAUUGAAGCAGCACGAUUUCUCCACCUUGACAAGGAGCGGCUCUUUGCAUUGAAGCAGUACGUGAAUAUAUUGGCCAAGUAUUUUCCUGGACGCCGUGUGGUCAUGAACUAUCUUCGCAACCUCGACUUGUGGCUGAAGCUAAAGACAAACAUUUCAAGCAACGAGUGGGAAAGGGCUCUUAGGAAUAAUCCAGAGCUUCCCUACGCCAGGUUGCCAGACAACCCACUCUGGGUAGGAUGCCAAGGAAGCAAACCUGAGUUUCGAGGCUUCCCAUGUGGGCUCUGGACUCUCUUUCACCUCCUGACAGUGCAGGAAGCACUGCAUAGCCCUAACCUUGCCUCACCAUCAGAAAUCCUUCCUACAAUGAGAGGAUAUGUCAGGUACUUCUUCGGCUGCCGGGAAUGCGCAGAACACUUUGAAGGCAUGGCGGCAGAGUCCAUGGAUAAAGUGAGGAACAAAGAUGGGGCUGUUCUUUGGCUUUGGUCAAGGCACAACAGAGUCAAUCAUCGCUUGGCAGGUACCCCAAGUGAUGAUCCGAAAUUCCCUAAGAUCCAGUGGCCUCCUCAAGACUUGUGCUGGUCAUGCCAAAUAGUAAUCAAUGGAAGGCGUAUGUGGGAUGAGAGAGCUAUCCUGAAGUUCCUCAAAGCACAUUUUUCACGGGGCAAUAUUUACUUGGAUUUCAUAAAGCGUGAAGUUGAAUUUAAUAAACCUCUGGUCAGACAGGCGCGAGAUAUUGAGGAGAAAGAAUAUGAAACUGAGCGGAUGCUAGAGGGAGGAAAAGAAGAAAAUGGCAGACAAGAUGAAUUUGAGGAAGACAAGAAGCGGAUAGAGAAGCCAGAGAGUGGGAGAGUAACGAGAAGGAGAUCUGGUUUGGAAAGAUCAGGCUUGCCAGAACUGCAUAAACCAAGUAUUAUCAAAAUGAGUACAAAGACCAAAGAGCUGGAGGAAGAUAUCGUUGAUCUUGACACCUUCAGUGAGCAGCACUACAAGAGCAAGGCCUUAAAGGUGGCAGGCCAACCAGGGAGCAGGCACAGACGGAGUAAGAGGGAAGUUGGCCUGAUACGGAUGGAGGAGAACCAGCAGUCUUUUGAUGCUGAUGCAGCUUUGGAACGGCUGAGGCAUAAGAGCUGGGGAGGCCAGCAGUUCAUUGGUACCAUGGAGGAGAAGGUUGAAAAGGAGAAUGGGGUUGCCCUGAGGAGGAACCAGUGGUUCCACAUACUGGGAGUGGGCUUUUCCCAGCUGGAUAUCAGUUUGUGCAUUGUCUUGUAUUUCCUCUCCUCUAUGUGUCUUCUCGGCAUGUAUACUUUCUUCCGCAUGCGCAUGAGGUACCGCAAGGGCCGUUCAGGCUUCCCAGUGGCCUGAGGAAAAGCAGCAGAAGUACUGCAGCUGGUGGGUAAGGGAAGCCUCUGUGUGUGCUUGCCUGAUGUGACAGCUUCUCAACUACAAUUUGUACUCUGGUUGUGGAUAUGCAAAUGCAGAAAUAUGCAGGGUUUGCAUUGCUUGUAUCAUGUGGGAUCCAGAAAUGGGGAUUGGAGCUUCUCUUUAUUAAGGGAAAUACAGUGGCAAAGACAGGAGUAUUUUCAUCACAAUUGCUAGACCACCUGUGUAGUUUGCAUUUGAUUAUCUGUAUCAGAGUAUAAAUUGUUGACUGUCAAAAAGGGGAGUACAUUUGUAUUUCAGAGCAUAUUUUGACUAUUUGAUUCUCUGAAAAGUGGGAGGGUAAUAUUAAUUUUUUCACCUGUAUUUGGGGUUAUUUAGUUGAGAAUAUUUGGGUUUCACUAGGUAGCAUAGUUCUUCAGGAAAUCAGCAUUUAACAUGGUUCUUGAUUGUUUUACAUGGCCAGUUUGAGAGCAGCAGCAAAAUGGCUGUUUUCAAUAUUAAUGAGACAAAGAAUUUUUAAAGGCUGCUUUUCCAGAUUAAAGACACUCCACAUAGUGUGCCACUUACUGAAUGAGAGGCUGACUUUUUAAUGAUAUCUUGAAUUAUCUGUGAGUGCAUUAAUAAUACUUUGAGGAAACUUCAGUCUCCCAGUUCCUUGAAUCGUAGAUAUAGAAUCACAGUCUAAAAUAAUCAGUUGGAAGAUGCCUUGAUCUGUUUUUACUCACUCGAUUCCAAAAUGUCUGAGCCUUUUUGAAACUACCUUCAGUAAAGCCAGCAUGUGUGUUGCUGUGUUUGCAGCUGGUAUUGAUGAUGAUGAUCAGAGCCUUCUCCUCCUUCAUUUGCAAUUUUGAUAUUAAGUAUAUGUAAUGUAAGUGCCACAAAUGGUAUUGGCACUUGUCUUUUCCUUCUCCAGGUGUUCCUUUGGGCCUGGCUGUAAGAGAAUCAGGGCAGGACUUCUUGCUGCCUCUCAUGGACUGCACCACUGCUUUUUUUGGAUCAGGAGAUCAAAAGAAAAAGGCAUAUAGACAUGAACAUGUGGAAUGUCACUCCUAUAAAGAAAUGAAGAUUGCUAAGUACAAAAACAGACACAAAAAUUCUUCUUAACACUCAGAGCUAGGCAGUGGCUUGUAUAAAUCAACCAAGUAUGAAAACUCUUCUAAGCAUAAGGACCUUGCAGCAAACAUUGUCUCACUAUCAAAAGGCCCACAUUUUUUAAGUGCUGCUGUCUUCCUAGCAGUUGAUUCCACAUUAUCCUUCCCACCAACGCUCAUAGUCCAGCUUUUCCCUCCACCAGCCAUUCUCUAAGUACUCAGUCUACCAGCUAUACAGUUUCAUUUGCCCCUAAUUCCAACCUGGCCAGUAUCCCCCAUCAUCACCAUCUUGACCCAGUUUCCUAUACUUCCAUAGUCAAUAGGAGAGAUGAUCAAUAGUGGAUAGGCAGUAGGACAGAUUGUCAGGAGGCUUGGUAGGGGACAUGAGGCAAAGGUCGACUGUCCAUGUUUUCUGAGACAGAUCACUGAACAUGCUUAUUUAACUAGAAAUAGACUUAAGAUUUGGGAAGUAUAUUAAUCAGCUCAAACAUGGGGACUUUUAACGCCCCCGUAGCUACCAGUCCUUAUUCACAUAAUCAUUAACAACUUGCUAGCUUUCCUUUUCAAGAGCUCUUGAGUCAGUUCAGUAGAGAGGGGAAGUAGUAGUCUCUUGAUUUAAAAGAGAAAUGGACAGUAGUGUUCCUUCAAAUGUUGGAUUGCAACAUCCAUCAACCUCGGCCAGCCUAGUGGGGGAUUACGAGAGUUACAACACAGGCAUAUCUGGAGGGCUUCAUGUUCCCCAUUCCUGGUUUAAAGAAUGGACCAGCCCCUGCCAGAGAAGAUAUCAGUGGGUAAUGCCAUGCUAAGUACAUAAGCAAAGAGUGAAUGCACGUGAAUUUUUUCAUGGCAGAAGCAAGGAAGGAGUAACAAAAUGAAGAGACAGAUGAUUACCAAGUGUACACUGUUAUAGUAGCUGGGCUUUCAAAUAAGACAUGGCAAGUGUCCACAUAUGACAAAGAGCUUGCUGCAAUUUAAGUGCCUUGUUAUGAUCCCAUGCUUCUAUAGCAGCCUGGUUGAGCUGGCCUAGCACUGUGGCUAAAAGCAGUGAGUGAUGACCUGGAAAGUUCACAAUUCAAAUCUCACUUGUUUUCAAAAUUUACCACAGUGGGCUUUGGGAAUCCAUAUUCUCUCAGCCACAGCUCCCCCUCUGCAACAGGCUUGUCUUCCAAAAUUGUAGUAAGAUCACUGAGUUAAUGUAAGUGAAGUGCUUCAAACAGUUGAAACACACCAUAUAAAUUUAUGUUAGUGCUCUUUAAUUUAACUAAUCAUAAAAUGGCAGUGUGAUGAGGACCAAACUGUUUUUCCAAAUGCAGUGAAACACUUUUGACAGUGUUCAGAAAGCUCUUUCAUUAGCUAUAGGGUUCCAGCAAUGGGCUCUCCUCCCUUGUUUCUCCCUCAUAUAAUUUCUGUUCUGGCUACAGAACAGUGCAGCAAUUUUACUCAGUCUUAUUAUGUUCAGUCAUGGCUGCUGCCUUAAUGUUUGAAAGAAAAGGUGAGGGGGAGAAGUAUCUUGGCAAAACAGCUAAAGGGGCCAAGCAUUUGUAGCCUAUCUCUAUUUGUCAUUUAUUUUCCCACUGUGGUUUGGUUACAAAUUGUUCAGAUCAGAGAUGGUCAGCCUCCAUAUUUUUGGCAAGCAUAACUUCCAAAUGCUAAUCUAGAGGAUGGAACAAUGUAGCCCUUUCCUGGAUGACCAGGUUCUACAAAUAAAACUGGCAUAAUGUAAUGCAUUGUAUAGACUGGAUAAUAUGGUUUCAAGUUGUAUGACCUUUUUGACUGAGUAGAGCAGGGUGUUUUCCCAGGAACAGAUGUACAAUACCAUGAAAAAUAAAACAGUGAGGGACUAGAUCAAGUUGGCUAUCUCUGGUUUAGACUGUGAGCUUAACUGAAGUUUGAGUGCUUGGCACCCUGUUAGCAUUAAAUCAGGCACCACAUAGUAUGGAUAAAGGUGGUUGAAUGUUGCUCAAAAAGGCAUUCCUAUAUGUUUUGAAACGUUGCUAUUUCAUUGUUUAAUGUAACAGGAUGAUUUCUGAAGAUUAUUUUUCAAAGUGGUAAGUUUUAACUAUUUUUAUCAAUAAUACUAAAAACCGAGAUUAGUCCUUUCUUUUCUUUUUUAAAAAAACAUUUUAUUUAAGUGGUGGAGUUCUGAGGCUUUGCAUGAGGUUUUCUUUCUGAUUAUAUGGAUGUGUCGGACUUUGUGCCCGAGACCUCUGGUUAAAACUACUGCUACACCCCUUUUGUUUUAACUAUCCUUGUCUGCUACAGUAAUUGUAUGGCCUUAAGCAUUAAUCUGCUGGUGGUAUGAACAACAAUUUUUUAAAAAAUCUCAACAUUUCUCAGGUAUCACUAGUGGGGAAACCAUGACAUAAAAGACAUACAAGUGCCUUUUAGCCAGAUUUGCUUAGUAGCUGGGAUUCCUUAGUAGUGAUGUAUUCCUGUUGGGCUGUGUGUGCGUGUGUCUGUACACUAGACAACGGUCUGAGGUUACAAAUAUAUUUUGCCUCACAAGCCAAGAUCAUAGUUGCUUGGGCUCUGUAAUAUAGUUUUCACCACCUAAUGGUAACUAGAUUUUUACAGUGCUGGAGCUCAGAUGGAGAUGUACUGUAAUUACAUACAACACAGAGAUGUAAUAUUAAAUUGAAUUUGCUUCUGUCUCUUAUUUAUGACUUGAUUCCUCCCAUGUCCUGUCUCAUUAUAAGACCCCCCCCCCCCCCGAAUUUAAAUUUUGCUUAAGCACCAGUGCCCAAAUAAUUUUGUUUCAGAGGUCAGAUCCAGCCUAUGGAUUGUCAAUUCGCUGUCACUGAAAAUGGUGGGGAUAAAAUUUUGGCUUCUUGAAAAAUGUAGACUUGUGAAAAGUAGGAUCCAUGGCCAUGACGUUGGUCCUACUUUUAAUUUUCUUAUCUGCUGAACUGAGCAUUUUUGCAUUGCAUCGUUUUAGCACUCUGGUUCCACUUUAACUGUCUUGGCUGCAUCCUGCAGAGACGUGGGGUUUGUGGUUUGGCAACACACUGGAAGAGCUUUCCGUCUACAAAUUCUAAGUAGUGUUCCUGAACUAUAACCUCCUGUAGAAUGGAACCAUGGAUUUAAAAUGAAAUCGUAGUGCUAUAGUUGUGUAGUAUGAAAGGGCUCUUGAGCAGAUUUCAGCCCCCUAUCCCUUUUGCACUAUGCCCCAUGAGAGAAGCUUGCCUUCACCAGUUGGCAAGACUUGCAGGACAUCUGAUGUUCUUUGCUGCCCCAAACAAAAUGGAUGGCAAGGAGUGUGGAAGAGAAUAUCACAAUCUUAUAUGUAACACUACCUUUCUUAGAGGAAGGUAGGCAUUCACAAACUGAAGUGACUUGCUAAUUAUAUCAGGUACACACAAACAUCUGCCCAUAGGGGCGUGUUGUGUUUUCAGAAAUCUGUAUGUUACAGCAGUCUACCUCAGCUGCUGUGGAAGACUUUUCCAUUUGCCUUGAGUUGCACUGUACUCAUGAAUAAAUCUGUUUUUUCUGUACUUUCUUUCUCUCAUGCUCCAGAGCCCUGAGGUAGGGAAAUUUCUUUGAAGUGGGGAGAAAGGAAAUGGGACUUUAGAUUCAAAUCAUGUUGACCUGCUGCCUUUCCUUUGGGCUUCUCCACUGCAGCUACUGCACAGGAAUGAUACAAGGAGCAUCCAGUCUUUCAUGCUUUCACUGUGUCUCUGUGUUUGUGGAAUAAAUUUAUUUUUGCUAAUAAA